AACUCAGCAGCACAUUGGGCAAAGAGGCAGAGAGAGGAGCAGACAAAGGACAGGCGCCAUGAGCUUUGUUGUCCGCCCAUGCGCCCCCAGGGAUCUGAAGGACAUCAUGCGCCUUGUCAAGGAGAUAGCCGUCAUUUACAACGUGCCCCUGGAAACCCUCAGAACCAACGUCCAAGAACUGGAAAAGGACGGAUUUGGACCUCGCCCUAGGUUUGAGUGCUUUGUGGCUGAAGUUCCUCCGGAGCGAAAAAGCAAGGAAGGUCACACUCUGGUUGGAUACAUCCUCUCCAGCUACACCUACAACAGCUGGAAGGGGAAAAACCUCUAUAUGGACAACUUCUACGUCAUGCCGGAAUUUAGAGCAAUGCGGAUCGGGAAUUCCCUGCUGAACGAAGCAGCCAAGGCUGCCUGGCAGCAAGGCUGCUCCGAGCUUCGUAUGCACGUUUUCUUCCAUAACCCAAACAACACGGCCUUCCUUGAGAGGCGGGGAGGAGAAAACCUCACGGUCAAGGAAGGCUGGAAUCUGCUCCGGUUUUACGAGGACCGGCUCCGCAAAAUGGCGGACCAGAGCCAAGCCUAGCAUCAGGUGGGGGUGGGGAGGGGCUUUUGGGACUGAGCCCUCCACCCCACCCGCCCUUCUGGCACUCCACACGGUCCGGGUCUGCGCAAGAAGAAGGGGGAAUUGCCUUCUGAGCGCACGCCACGUGCCCUGAGAGAUUAGGAGCUGGAACUGGAGGACGGGAAACGGCCGGGAAGCAUGGGUGCUGGGACCUUUGGCCUGAGGGGAACCUGGGGGAUCCUUGGAACUAAGGUCUAUAAAGGAAAAAGUGUUCACAGAA